GGAAUAGGAAUAAUUAUUGAUCUCUUCCAGUCAGUUGGUAUGUUCUUUGAGUUCAGAAGCUUCAAACCAGAGCUCCCACGUCCUGCUCCAGAAGCACAGGUGCUGAAGCUUUUACCUGAGGAACAUCUGAGGAACCUCUUUACCUAUAAUGGCGUAUGGCUGUUUCCAAAAAAUCAGUGCAGAUGUGGAUAUUUCAAACGGCAGGAUGGUUAUAACUUUCAGGAUGGCUAUAACAAGACUGAGCUCCUAGAGGCAAAAGCAAGAAGACAAGCUGAAUAUGAACACUUUCAGAGGAGAGAAGGGCUGCCCCAUCCACCGCCCCUGCUGGCUCAGCCCAACCUCCCCUUUGGGUACCCGGUUCAUGGGGUGGAGGUGAUGCCCCUGCACACAGUUCUCAUUCCAGGUCUCAGGUUUGAAGGACGAGACGCCCCCUUCUAUAAGGUGACCCUGACAGCCUCUCAGGGGACACUGAACACCCUGGCUGACACUCCAGACAGUGUGGUUCAAGGCAGAGGCCAGAAGCAACUGAUUAUUUCAACCAAUAACCGGAAACAUUUAAGUUUCAUCCUCCAGCAUGUGACUUAUACCAGCACAGCAUACCAGCACCACCGGGUAGACAUAGUGAGUUUGGAGUCUGAAUCCUCAGUGGCCAAGUUUCCAGUGACUAUCCGAUACCCUAUCAUCCCGAAGUUAUAUGACCCAGGACCAGAGAGAAAGCUGAGACACCUGGUGACCAUCGCCACCAAGACUUUCCUCCGCCCCCACAAGCUCAGGACCCUGCUCCAGAGCAUUCGCCAGUACUACCCUGACUUGACUGUGAUUGUGGCCGAUGACGGCAAAGAGCCCCUGAAAAUCAAUGACAGUCACGUGGAAUAUUACACUAUGCCUUUUGGGAAGGGCUGGUUUGCUGGUAGGAACCUGGCUAUAUCUCAGGUCGUGACCAAAUAUGUACUCUGGGUGGACGAUGACUUUCUCUUCACCAGUGAGACCAAGAUUGAAGUGCUGCUGGAUGUCCUGGAGAAAACAACACUAGACGUGGUAGGUGGCAGUGUGCUUGGAAACGUGUUCCAGUUUAAGCUGUUGCUGGAAAAGAGUGAGAAUGGGGAUUGUAUUCACCGGAGAACAGGAUCCUUCCAGCGUCUCGACGGCUUCCCCAACUGUGUGGUGACAAGUGGUGUUGUCAACUUCUUCCUGGCCCACACUGAAAGACUCCAAAGAGUUGGCUUUGAUCCUCGCCUACAAAGAGUGGCUCACUCAGAGUUCUUUAUUGAUGGACUGGGGAGCCUGCUUGUGGGGUCCUGCCCUGAAGUGGUUGUAAGUCACCAGCCCCGUUCUCAAGCACAAGACUCAGAGAUGGCUGCCCUAGAGAAGACCUACAGCACAUUCCGGGCCAACACCUAUGACCAGGUCAAGUUCAAAUUGGCUCUCCACUACUUCAAGAACCAUCUACAGUGCUCCACAUAA